UUCGCUAUAAAUGUAUUUGUUCUUUCCACAGUAUUGAAAACUCUCGCUCUAGUGACUUUCCUUACCCCGGCGAAUUUUCUCGGGAAAAUCAUUCUAGAGCUCAAAAUCUGACGUUAUUUUCUUUCUUCCAGUCACACAACUUCCAUUCCUCCACUUUCUCUCUCUAUACAUAAACACACACACACACACAUAUAUAUAUAUUACAAACACACACGCACAUACAAUCUUAAAUUCUAGCUAGUAAAACCCUGCUUUCUAAAGUUGGAAUCAUAGAUGAUUAUUCUAUUGAGAAGAAGCUGUAGGUUGGUUGGUACCAUAGGUUGGGUAUAGGAUUGAUUCAGUUUCUUUCCAACGUUCGUGAAUUUGAAAAGAAUGUCAACAAUCUUAUUGUUACGGGUAGGGUUACUCUUAUCCCUCUUCCUUUUUCUUAUUCCAAAUCCUUCGGAAUCAGCCGUGUUGAGCAUAGAUCUGGGUUCAGAAUGGCUGAAAGUGGCCGUCGUGAAUUUGAAACCGGGGCAGAGCCCAAUCUCUGUCGCCAUUAACGAGAUGUCGAAGCGGAAGUCCCCUGCAUUGGUCGCAUUCCAUGGCGGCAAUCGGCUGAUCGGCGAAGAAGCGGCUGGGCUCGUUGCUCGAUAUCCCCAAAAAGUUUAUUCUCAUGUUCGAGAUUUCAUCGGCAAACCCUAUAGUCAUGUCAAAAAAUUCCUUGAUUCCAUGUAUUUACCGUUUGAAAUUGUGGAAGAUUCGAGAGGUGUCGCGGGUUUCAAGGUAAUCGACGAUGACGGUGGUGAUGGUGGUGGUCCUACCGUUUAUUCGCCGGAGGAAUUGGCGGCGAUGUUGUUGAGUUAUGCUUUGAAAUUGGCGGAGUCGCAUUCGAAGGUUCCGAUCAAGGACGCGGUGAUUACAGUGCCUCCCUACUUCGGGCAGGCGGAGAGAAAAGCGUUGAUUCAGGCGGCUCAGCUGGCGGGGCUUAAUGUGCUUUCGCUUCUUCAUGAGCAUUCCGGUGCCGCCCUUCAGUAUGGAAUCGAUAAGGAUUUCUCAAAUGGGUCGAGGCACGUUGUCUUCUAUGAUAUGGGUGCGAGUAGCACUUAUGCUGCUCUCGUGUAUUUCUCUGCGUAUAAUGUGAAGGAGUAUGGAAAGACAGUCUCUGUUAACCAAUUUCAGGUUAAGGAUGUUAGAUGGGACCCUGAGCUUGGCGGUCAAAACAUGGAAUUAAGGUUAGUGGAGUACUUUGCAGAUGAGUUCAACAAACAAGUUGGAAAUGGGAUUGAUGUAAGGACGUCUCCCAAAGCGAUGGCGAAAUUGAAGAAACAGGUUAAGCGUACAAAAGAAAUUCUAAGUGCAAACACAAUGGCUCCAAUUUCGGUUGAAUCUCUUUAUGAUGAUCGUGACUUUAGGAGCACAAUAACUCGCGAGAAGUUUGAAGAACUCUGUCAAGAUCUGUGGGAGAAAGCUCUUAUUCCUCUGAAAGAAGUACUUAAGCAUUCUGGUUUAAAGCUUGAUGACAUACAUGCGGUGGAGUUGAUUGGAGGUGCCACUCGAGUGCCAAAGUUGCAGGCUAAACUCCAAGAAUUUCUAGGGAGGAAAGAUCUGGACAAACAUUUGGAUGCUGAUGAAGCUAUAGUUCUUGGUGCGGCAUUACAUGCUGCAAAUGUAAGUGAUGGAAUAAAAUUGAAUCGCAAGCUGGGGAUGAUUGAUGGUUCUCCGUAUGGAUAUAUGAUUGAGAUAGAUGGUGCUGAUCUUUUGAAAGAUGGAAGCACAAGACAAUUGCUAGUACAACGAAUGAAAAAAAUGUCCAGUAAGAUGUUCAGAUCUAUAAUACAUAACAAGGACUUUGAGGUCUCACUUGCAUAUGAGAGUGGAGACCUUUUACCACCUGCUGUUCCUUCACUUACAUUUGCUCAGUAUGCUGUGUCUGGUCUUGCUGAUGCUAGUGAAAAGUAUUCAGCACGGAAUCUUUCCUCUCCCAUCAAGGCCAAUCUACAUUUCUCCCUUAGUAGAAGUGGGCUAUUUUCUUUGGAUCGAGCAGAUGCUGUAAUUGAAAUAUCUGAAUGGGUAGAAGUUCCUAAAAGAAAUUUGACUCUGGAGAACUCAACUUCUACUUCCCCUAACAUAUCAGUUGAAACUGGUAACAGAAACACUUCAGAAGACGGUAAUGACAGUGUGGAUACAGAUGAUGGGAUUAGUAACACAUCCAAUUCCAGUGUUAAUGACCAACGUACCACAGAAGUUGUUACUGAAAAAAAGCUGAAAAAGCGGACUUUUAGGGUUCCACUCAAGAUUAUUGAGAAGGCAGCGGGACCAGCAAUGCCUCUUUCAAAAGAAUGUCUUGCUCUAGCUAAAAGUAAAUUGGAAGCAAUGGACAAAAAGGAUGCAGAGCGAAGAAGAACUGCUGAAUUGAAAAAUAAUCUAGAAGGAUACAUAUAUGAUACUAAAGACAAGCUUGAAUCUUUCGAGGAAUAUGAAAAAAUUUCUACCAAGCAGGAACGUCAAUCCUUUAUUGAAAAACUUGAAGAGGUGCAAGAAUGGUUGUACACCGAUGGUGAAGAUGCUUCGGCAAAUGAGUUCCAAGAACGACUAGAUUUGUUAAAGUCUAUUGGUGACCCCAUAUACUUCAGAUAUAACGAACUUACUGCACGGCCAGCUGCAUCUGAACAUGCUAGAAGAUAUCUUGGUGAGCUGCAACAGAUUGUACGUGGAUGGGAAACAAACAAAUCUUGGCUCCCAAAAGACAGAAUAGAUGAGGUUCGAAGUGAUGCUGAAAAGAUCAAGCAUUGGUUGGAGGAAAAGGAGGCCGAGCAGAAGAAGACUUCUGGAUUCAGCAAACCGGCAUUCACUUCUGCAGAAGUGUAUGGGAAGGUAUUUGAUCUUCAAGACAAGGUUGCAAGCAUCAAUAGAAUUCCUAAACCAAAGCCCAAAGUCGAGAAGCCCGUAAAGAAUAAAACCGAGAGCGGGGGUGAUGAUGCGACUACCUCUAAUUCAUCUCCUGAAGAGAGUUCCUCUCAAAAUGACCAAUCAGGAUGGGCUUCAGAUGGCUCAACAAAUGACAACAAAGAUUCUGAAGAGGAGGUUCAUAAGACAGAUUCCGAGAAGGAGGUUCACGAUGAGUUGUGAUCCAACCAAAAUGACUUAUAUACUUAAAUGCUGAUAUGUAUUAGGUAAUAGAAAUUUAGAUCAGCAUGGGUAGAAAACGGCAAUGGCGGCAAUGUCAAUGGCAGAAUUAGUAGAGUUUAGUCCUCUUUUUCAGGUCUGAGUUUUUCUUCCCAUCCUUGGCAUAUGAUGCUUUUCCUCGCUUUUGCUAAACAUUUUUAACCCUUGAUUUCAUGAUGAUUAUCAUACCCCGUAAACACAUUCAUGGAGCAUUCUGUGGAGCAACUGUCUUUGGAGAAGUAUGGACCUUUGUUUUAUGGGUUUUCGAAGUUAUUCUUAACUGUAUUAUGCGAUGGAGAUUUUGUUUUCAAGGAAGAAGAGCUAAUGCAUCGUUUCAAUCCUUGUAGUGUCA